AUGGAAGCCACCGUCGACCUGCUGACCGGUGCACCGAGCGGAGCCACAGCCGCCACGGCGAACGCCGGCGUGCUCGCCAACGCCACCUUGGCUCGGGACCCGCGCACCACAACAUGGCCGCUCGCCGGCAACCCGCCGCUCAUCGGCGCCCUCCUGCUGAGCUACGUGUACCUCGUCAAGGUUGGCGGGCCGCGCUUUAUGCGCGACCGCAAGCCGUACAACCUGCGCCGCGUCAUCCUCGUCUACAACGCGACCAUGGUGCUUCUCAACGCGUACUUCGUGGUCAACUUCCUGUCACGCUCCUAUCUGGGCGGCGGGUACAGCGUGCUCUGCCAGGGAAUCCGCUUCGACGCCGACCCUCGCACCCUCGAACUGGUGUCCCUGUGCUGGUGGUACCUGCUGGUACGCAUCGCCGACUUUCUGGACACUGUGUUCUUCGUGCUGCGUAAGAAAGACUCACACGUCUCCUUCCUCCACGUUGUUCACCACGUCCUGGUGGUCUUCAACGGCUGGUUUGGCCUCUCGUACGGGCCCGACGGCCAGGUGAUGUUCUGCAUCUGCCUGAACAGCUUCGUGCACGUCAUCAUGUACACCUACUACUUCCUAUCGCUGCUGGGUCCGCACGUGCAGAAGCACCUCUGGUGGAAGCGGUACCUGACGCAGCUCCAGUUGGCACAGUUCAUCGUCAUCUUUGUGCACAGCACCAUACCGCUGUUCAAGGACUGCGGCUACCCGCGGCCACACACGUUCAUCGUGCUCUCCGAGUCUGUGCUCUUUUUUGGCAUGUUCGUGCGCUUCUACCGCGGAGCCUACAAGAACAAGCAACCGGCAAAGGCGGCCUGAGAGCUAGGCGUACUUCAUAUGAAACUGGGUCCGAAAGUUUGUUUUAUUAUUAUUAUUAUCAUCAUGGUAUGGAACAGUAUGCGCUGUCGUGUACGAGGCCAGUCAGAAAGCUCUGCGAGAAUUCUCAGUGACCAAUUGUCUACAUCAAGGCGUUCUUCGAAUAGGUAGGGUAAAGGAAAUGAGCUUAGAGCUGUUUCGUGCGAGAUGCCGUCUUCAAUUUCUUGGGCAGAGUAGCAGAGAAAGGUUUGCCGGCCACUUUACCAUGCAUCGUUAGCCUGUUUGAAUGCUUUUUGACUAUAAAUUGUUAUUUUUCUGUCAACGUGUUAGCUUAUUUAGUACGAUUAAAUUACCACAUCGAUCAAAUUCACGGGUUUGACAAGCUUGUAUAAUGUAGGCGUGUUAAAGAAUUGCCAGGUGUCUAUGUAAACGAAGUUCCUUGAAAUGACCUGGGACUUACAUAUUCUUGUACCAAUUUUUGACACAAUCACUAUGGUGGUUAUAACGCGUUCGUUAGCAAGCAUCGGACACUUUAUCAUUGUCCUGGGUGAUGCUGUUACCAAAAUGUGGAGGGGACGUCAAUAAUGUUUGCUAAUCAGUUAGGUUUUUUUAAUACUGAACGUCAACGUUAGGUCCAGCUUUAUUUUAUAGGACAGUGACUAACUUCUCACUAUCGCACCCUAACAGAGAAGGCUUGAGGCAUUACUCAGUAACUUCGUAAGACACAGUUCAACUAUAUUUCCUCUUCAAGCAAAGCCUUAGCUCCACGCAAGCGUUAUAUUGUAAUACGUUGUACCUUACAUGAUUACUCAGGUAGCUCCGGAAUAGUAUGGGGGGUAGUAACCGUAAAGGGUCAUGACAUGUUCUUUCAAGUACAUGAAAUAGUCAUAAUGUUCAUGAGAACUCAUGAAACAUUUUGAGCCUCUGUUUUUAGGAGCAUGGUGAAUGUUCUCUAUACAUUAUUCCGCAGACGAAUGAACUUAGGUACGUUUAGGGGACCUACAUUUCAAUACCCUCACUCGGUAUCGCAUGCUCUUGCUUCCUGCGGACCACGUGACUACCGCGUAUAGUUGACCGUUGUUGAAGCGAAGAUAAUGAUCCUGAAACGUACGUGAGUGAUUUGUCGAGAAAACUACACUAUAAAGCAACGGCACUCAGCGUCACGCCUGGUGAAGAUGACCUAGGCGAUAAAAAACUGUCAACAGAUCAGCGAACAGUGGGCCUCGAACAAAUUCCAUGAAGGAUAUUCGUUGAUGAAUCGUAAGUUCAGCGAGAGGGGCUUCUGCUGCACCAUUUCAAUAUGGUUCUGUCAAGAUCCCACCACUAUACUCUGGGCCACAUUGUCAAUUAUGCAAGGACUCCCAGUGGAUCCUUAUAGAGCGUUGCGAACAUCAAUUUAGUGGGAGAUAAAAAGGUACAAGGACACAAAAGGAUUGGACACGGAACAACUUAUCCUCUGUUAGGCGUCGUAACAAAAGAGCCUCCAUAUUCUCGCGCCGAGAACGUUCCUGUAUGCUCUCCCAUCGUUUUUUCAGGCACUUGUUGCAAGUACGUGACCCGGUUAACAUGAUAUAUACCCCGCUCAUUUACUGUAACAAAAUGUGCACGAACUGUUGAGAUUUCAGGGUAACACAGACGAGGCCGAAGGCCUUCCAAUAUGCGGGGUACUAUCAGGGCAGAGUGCGAAUGACUGAGCGUGGAGCGUCAAAUGUCCAUCGAAUGUUAACGGGUUCUUCUAAGCCGUAUCAGAAGACGUCGCUGGGAUGUAAAGGAUACCCGAUGUGAUGGUGCGCCUAAAGUAACAGUGGUAAGCUAGCAAGUUCGACACGUCCUUCUCCGUAUAGGACCCUUGUGGAAGCAUUUUGUAUAAGCGUGUUGUGCCUCCUGUCAGACGCCGUUCCUGAAAUACGGCGGCCCGCCAAAGCUUCUGUCCCUAUUCGUCUAACAUGAUACGCCUGAGCGAGCACUGACUUCUGAAAGAAAUGCGUGGCACUACUUCAUGUCUUUCGAGCAUACCAGGUGCGCCACCUCCCGGAGGGUCCUCGCGUCCGACACUGACCAAGCCAGAAAAUGCCUUAGCGUAUCACGCUACAGGGCAUGCUUCUGUUUCUUUAUUCUAGGUGUUUCUAGGUCUUAACGCCAACAAAAAAAAUGUCGCUGCUUUGCUUCCAUUCAGGAGCCGAGCUUUAGUCGUGAUAAAAGAAUUGCCAUGCUGUGAGGCACACUUUGUGUGCGCUUGUGCGUGUGUGUCUGGUUGUUGGACUGAUGCGCGACAUAAUACAUA